AUUAGUUAGUUAGGCCAACUACUUAAAUAGAUGAUUAAUCUGUGAACGUUUUAAAAUGAUUGUUAAUAACCCAUAAACCUGGAUGGAAGUAGCUCGUGCAAGUGAAUUUCUAAUUGUUUCAGAAACAACAUGAUUUACAAUAUAGAUGAACUAGGUCUAUGCUCUUCUCCAUUUUGGGAUGCUAACUUAACUUGGCACUCUGAUGUCCCGGAUUUGACUCCGUGUUUUGAGGAGACUGUUCUAGUUUUGUUGCCGGGACUAUUUCUGCUCUUUCUCCUUCCUCUCGACUGUUGGUGGAUCCGGCAAUGUUUCUACAAAGACAUACCAUGGUCAUGGCUCAGCUUAUCCAAAAUUCUUGUUUUAGCUCUGAUGAUGGUAGUCAUCACCAUCAAGUUUAUACAUUCUGCUCUGAAUAACAAUACUUAUCCAGCAGAAAUUAUUUCUCCGGUGAUACAGUUUUUGAUUUUUGUUUAG